AUGAAAAGACAAUUCUUAGUUCUUGUGGCAAUCGUUGCAUUGGCUUUCACUCUUGCCCGAGCUUCCGACCCAAGCUCUCUUCAAGACUUUUGUGUCGCAAUUGAUGAUCCAACCGGUGCUUUGUUUGUCAAUGGGAAGUUUUGCAAGAACCCAAAUCUCGUGAAUGCAAACGAUUUCUUCUUUUCUGGACUAAACAAGGCCGGGGAUACGUCAAAUCCUCUUGGUUCAAAUGUUACUGCAGUGAAUGUCAAUAAUUUGAAAGGUCUCAACACAUUGGGUAUUUCUUUGGCUCGUAUUGAUUUCGCUCCUUAUGGAUUGAAUCCACCACAUACACACCCUCGUGCUACUGAGGUUCUCGUUGUCUUCGAGGGUACUCUUCUCGUAGGCUUUGUGACAUCAAACAUUCCGAACCAAAAGAACCGCCUCUUUACCAAGACGUUAUACCCUGGAGAUGUUUUUGUCUUUCCCGAGGGACUCGUCCAUUUCCAACAAAAUGUGGGGAAGACUAAGGCGGUUGCUGGAGCGGCCUUGAGUAGCCAAAAUCCAGGAGUAAUUACCAUUGCAAAUGCCGUGUUUGGAUCAGACCCCAAGAUUUCUCCCGAUGUUUUAACCAAGGCUUUUCAAGUGGACAAAAACGUCAUCAACUACCUUCAAUCUCAGUUUUGGUGGGACAACAAUAACUAAAUUAACGACACUAUGAAAAUAACUUACUUAAGUAUUAUUUACAACAUUUUAUAAAUUUACACAAUAAUUACUAUAUAUAUUCAAUAAAAUGAUGUAUGAAUAAAGUUUGAUUUUGCAAUUAUAUACAAUAAAGUAAUUUUGUUUGUUAAAACAUAUUAUUGUU